AUGAAGCUGACAGCAUCCUGUUCACUAAAAAAAAAAAUAAACAGGAGUCUCCUCGCGCUCUCCGUGGCUGUUAGAGCCUGCCCGGGCCGGGAUAGGGGCCUUGUGCUCUCCGCAGCGGUCAGAGCCUGGUCGGGCUGGAACGGCAGCGGCUUCGCUGUCCACAGAAUUUUCUGUACAGCAACUCGACAGAAAAAUGCUGGACAAAGCCACGAUGAUGACCAAAGCCAGAUUCAGAAUGCAGACAAAGCAGAACCCAGUCCAGCAGAGAAAAUACUUGUGGAGGAAAAGAAUAAGCUGGAGGAGCAACGGAAGGACCUUACAGACAGGUAUAAACGAGCACUAGCAGAUGCUGAAAAUAUACGUCAAAGGAGCCAAAAACUGGUUGAAGAAGCUAAAUUAUAUGGUAUUCAAGGAUUCUGCAAAGACUUGUUGGAGGUGGCAGAUAUUAUUGAAAAAGCAACAGAAAGUGUGCCGAAAGAAGAGAUCUCAGGACAGAACCCGCAAUUGAAGAGUCUAAUCAUGACCGAAGGACAAAUUCAGAAAGUGCUUUGCAAGCAUGGUCUCAUCAAGUUGAACCCUCUUGGAGCAAGAUUUGAUCCAUGUGAACAUGAAGCUCUUUUCCACACUCCAGUGGAAGGAAAAGAGCCUGGUUCAGUGGCACUGGUGACCAAGAUAGGGUACAAGCUUCAUGGACGCACCCUUCAAACAGCACUAGUUGGUGUUGUCAAAGGAACAGAAUAACUAUAUUUAGGACUG